AUGCUUACAACGGCCUAUAUUGGCAUACUCAUCACUGGAUUCCGUCAGUAUAUACCACUGCCCAGUAUCUGGUAUCGCCACGAAAACGAUCUUUGCUCAAUUGUCAGCACAGCCACAAUGACAAGUGCACGAAACUCAGUAUACUCGACCCACAGCAUAGCUGAUGCUCACUUCCUAGCCAUUCUCGACGAAAAGCAAGACACUCACCAGCUCGAUCUCCAACAACCCUCCAGACUCUCAGCACUAUUGCCUUUGAAGCUUUUGGAAACAGUGUUCAUCCUCCCAGCGACUUUUACUCGCAAACACGAGUACGACCAAGCCAGAGAUGACGAGGAAGCAGCGUCUUUCGACACGAUGCAAAAAUCAAUCCAAGUGAUCGGAUUACCCAAACCCGAAAAGUCGAAACCACGACUCAGUCAUUCUUUCGAGACCGAACACAUCAUGCCCAACAACGUGGCCUUUGACGAUGACGAUAAACCUGAGCAUCUGCAUUACGACUCAGAGCCGCAAAUGCGUUACACAGCACCUUCUCCCAACUUACUUUCACCCGAGUAUACUCAGCAAGGCUGUAGUGGAUAUCGCUACCCAAACUACGGGUAUGGCGGUUGCAGAAGAAUUGGCUACGGAGCGUAUGGAAACAGAGGUUGUGCUGGUCCGCAAAGGCCACCGCAAUGUUAUAUCCCGGGUGGGAGACGGCAGAGGAGGUAUGGAGGUGGAUAUUAUCAUGGAGGAGGAGGAGGAGGGUGUGGAAGAGGUGGUGGGUGGUAUGGGGGUUAUGGGGGUUAUGGUGGGAGGUGUCAUCCUCCUCCGAGACCGAUUCUGGUGAGGAGGCAUGGUGGGUGUUGCUGUUGUUGUUGA